AUGAGUUCUAUAUCCGAGAAAGACUCCUUCAGUCGAUCCGGUGCCGAUGAGCACAAGGUCGCGACUACUAGUGUUUUGGACGAGACUGUCAAAGUUCCAGGCUACGAUGCGAGCCUUCAAUUUGACCCGAGAGAAGUUCGAAAGGCCUUGCUCAAGGUGGACUUUUUCAUUCUUCCUCCAAUCGUGCUUUGCUUCUGCUUUCUGCAAUUUGAUCGUACCAACAUUGGAAACGCCCUCACCGAUUCCCUGCGAAAAGACAUCAACGUUGGCAACACAGAAGUCAAUCUGGCACAGACGCUGUUUACAGUCGGCUUCAUAAUCACGGAGUUGCCUUUCAACAUGAUCAGCAAGUAUAUUGGACCCGAGCGUUUUCUUCCCAUCACAAUGUUCCUUUGGGGAAUUGUCACAUGGUCACAAGUCUUCAUGAAGAAUGCAUCGGGCCUUUAUGCGACUCGUUUCUUUAUUGGAGCACUUGAAGGUGGAUAUAUCCCUGGAUUUGCCCUCUAUAUCUCGAAGUUCUAUACCAACCAAGAGCUCGCAUUUCGAUAUGCCAUUUUUUGGGCUGCGAAUAGUUUUGCCGGGGCGUUGGGUGGGCCAUUAUCAAUCGGCCUGCUCUCCCUUGGUGGAAGAGGCGGACUUCGCGGAUGGCAAUGGCUUUUUCUUAUAGAGGGCGUACUUACUUGCUUCUUGGGAGUUAUUGCCUAUUUAUACUUCCCCCAUAAUGCCGCAAGACCCAAGUCUGUAUUUGGCAAAUCAUUUUCAAUUUUUACUGAACGCGAGGCAUCUAUCCUUGUCACGCGGGUGAUAUACAACGACCCGACGAAAGCACUACGAUACGGAAAACCAGUUCUACCAUCGCAUAUCUUGGACACUUUUGGUGACUGGAGACUAUAUGGCCAUCUUGUGGCCGCUCUGCUAUCCAUGGUUAUGAUAUCACCGAUGAAUACCUACGCACCUUCUAUUAUCAAAUCUUUGGGAUUUACUUCCUUGCAAGCGAAUGGACUCAAUUCGGUAGGCAGCAUAUGUGCCUUGAUUUGGUCCGUAUCGCUCGCUUUCAGUAGUGACCGAUUUCAAGAGCGUGGGUUCCAUAUUGCUGCAGGGUACUUGUGGGGGGCUGUAGGUCUUUUGUGGCUCGCAUUGGCACCAGAAAAUGUUGGGAAAUGGGUACUCUAUGGAGGUGUCGUUUGGACUCAAAUGGGGAUGGGCAGUGCACAAGCCAUCAGUGCGGCCUGGCUGACUACCAAAAUGGAGGACUAUAAGCGCCCAGUCGCUUUGGCUGCGUAUGUCAUGUGUAUCCAGCUUGCGAACUUUCCCGGAAAUCAAUUGUUCCGCACACAAGGUAUGAUCGAUUCGAGAAUGAUAUCGGCAUAG